AUGGACAGCUCAGCGGAGUUUAAUGACCAUCCCCGUCGGGUUUCGUGUGGAAAUGCCAUACAAGUUCAGAUCAUCAUAUCCUUCACAGCUGGCUACUCGUCCACGACCAACAAGCCCGAGGAGCGUGACGACGAAGACGAUAAUCAGGCUGAAGAAGACGUAGAAAGAAGAAACGAAGGCAAUGCCGAUGCCAUUCUUGGUAAUGUAGAUAAGGAUGAAGAAGCUGAGAAUGAACGCACCAUCACCAAAAUCCCGGACGGCCCCAUCAAAACCACCACCACCGACAUCAGAUCUCACCAGGCGUCGGUGCACAAAGCCGACGUCGAAAGCAACGGCAAAGACAGACCAAGAGCGCCCAUCAUGUCGUCCAACCGCACCCUUAUGGACUGGAACGCGGAUUUCCAUGAGGACAUCCUCAUUGCGUACCAGAAGACCUUGAAGCCGAACCCUGCGCAGUUGGCUGCUAUCGUGGCCUCUCUCCACGAGAUGGGCUACACCUUUACAGGAAGAUGA